GUGGCAACAGCUGAACAUGAAUGCACUUGUACUGACAGUGAUUUCUUCUUACCUUCUCAGAUCCGAGUGAAACCACUAUCAGAAUGGAUUCAAUGGAAAUUGAUGAUGACAUAUAUAUAAAUAAGAGCCUCACAAUGGAAGGCCUUGUUACCAAAGUGGAUUUUCAGAAAAGAAAACAGCCCUGCAGAUGUGCGACUGUGUGUCUUUGGUUGCUGUGUGCUGUCCUGUUAGCUGGUAAUAUAGCACAAAUUAUCUACUAUGAGAUAAUCACUGGUCGCUCAUCGACUGUGCAGGCCUGUUACAACACUCAAGAGAGCCAGCAUCUCCAAAACGAAAGUGACACCCUGACUGCAGAAAGAGACAAAGCGCAGAGCAAUUAUGAUUCUUUAACUGCAGAGAGGAAACAAUUGGAGACAAGACUGAGCAACCUGACUAAAGAAAAAGACGAGCUGCAGCAAAGCUUCAGUUCUGUGACUGCAGAAAGAGACAAAGUGCAGAACAAUUAUGAUUCUUUAACUGCAGAGAGGACACAAUUAGAGACCAGACUGAGCGACCUGACUAAAGAAAAACACGAGCUGCAGCAAAGCUUCAAUUCUGUGACUGCAGAGAGAGACAAAGUGCAGAACAAUUAUGAUUCUUUAACUGCAGAGAGGACACAAUUAGAGACCAGACUGAGCGACCUGACUAAAGAAAAAAACGAGCUGCAGCAAAGCUUCAGUUCUGUGACUGCAGAAAGAGAUGAGUUCAAGGCCGGUUUCAACAAUCUGAAAAACGUACGAGACCGCUUACAAGCAAAUUACAGCGCCUUAAAACAACAGAGCGACCAGUUACGGACGAGCUAUAACGACAUGCAGAGAAAUCUUGAAGGGUUACAGACUAAACACAGUAAUGUGACAGCGACUAAAGACCGGCUACAGGCCAAAUACAGUAACCUGCAAAGACAAAAAGAUGAGUUACAGACUCGUUUCGGGACGCUGAUAGCAAACAUAGAUCAGUUACAGACCAAUUACUCCUCACUGAGGAGGGACAAGGACCAGUUGCAAAGGAGCUACAAUACCCUGAGUGCAAGUAAAAAUAGCAUUGAGACCAGCUACAAUUCACUGUGGAAAGAAAAAGAUCAAUUGCAAAGCAGAUAUAAUUCUCUGUGGAGGGCAAAAGACUGGUUACAGACCAAUUACAGCAGUUUGUUGGCAGACAGAGACCAGUUACAGGACAGGGCCGAAAGGCUGAAGGUUAAAUUAAGGGGUGUUCCCUGUAAGUUAGGCUGGAAGAAGUUUGAUAUCAGCUGUUAUUUCAUUUCAACCAUGAAGAGGAACUGGACGGAAAGCAGAAAAUCCUGCAAGGCCCAGGGAACAGAUCUGGUGGUCAUAGAAAGCAGGGAGGAACAGGUAUUUGUUAACGGGGUCCUGAAGAAAGGCCAAAAUGCCUGGAUUGGUCUGACUGACAAACAAAAAGAGGGGAACUGGAUGUGGGUGGACGGCACCCCACUCAUCACAAAGUUCUGGCAGAUCGGCCAGCCCAACAGCUACAACGGGAACCAGGACUGUGCAGAAAUCGUGCAGGACACAUCACUGGGGGAAUGGAACGACGACGGCUGUUUCGCUGAACAGAUCUGGAUCUGUGAGAAUUAAGAUCCCAAUGAUUUACACUGUUGACAAAGGUGUGUGGCUUUGGACUGUCUAAUGUUUAUCUUGAAUGUUUAAGCCUGGUGAUUCACUUUAUUGUUCAACUGUCAACAAACCCUGUGAAAAGACGAAACCAACUGAGUCAAUCCCACAAACACGUAUUGUGUGUAUCUGUGCAUGCGCGCGCGUGUGUGUGUGUGUGUGUGUGUGUGUGUGUGUGUGUGUGUGUGUGUGUGUGUGUCUUAUUCCUCUGUGCCACAGACCUCAGUUUUUGUACACAAACUAUAAAAAAACAUGUCAGUGACCCACACUAUUGCACUGGGUGACAUGUUCUUUCAUUAGCAUAAACACACACACAUUGUAGAUCAUUUUCACUCCCACACAUACCAUCCUGUCAUCUGAAAUUACUCAUCCGCAGCUGAAAAUAGUCCCCAACAAAUGCAGUAUUUCCUUCUGUUUGAGUAAUGUUUGCUAAAACCUGCAGUGCUCAGCUAUUUUAGGAAAUUACAGAGCCAUUUUAAAAAACGAUAACACACUGUACAUUCUUGUGUACUCUUUGUAAAGCUUGUCAUCUUCAGUGGAAACCAGUGGGCUCAGAGCCGAGUACCACAAAAGAAGUCGGAAAGUACUGAGAGACAAACACAUCGUCGGUUUUAGUCUUUUUUUAAAGGGAUUUGUUGACAACAAAACAUAUUUCUCACAUUUCCAGUCUUAUAGUUGGAUGUCGUCCUGUAGAUAGCUUUGGUGUUAUUUGCUAAGGUUUGGUUUUUACAACUAAAAAAAACGAAAUGGAAUUUGCGUUUGUGCUAUGUGUUGUUGCUGUUACAAUCAGAAAGUGUCACUUUAAUUCUGGCUAAUCCACAGAAAACAAUAUAGAUUUUCAUAGAACUAUAAGACAAGCUCCAAAUGCUUUUUACAUUUUUUUUUUUUUUGAAAUUUAAAGCAGUAUUUUAUAAUGUGUUUUUCUUUUAAGCUGUAACCGCUGUGAUGCUUUAAUAGACACAUCACAUGGCAGGAAGGAGGACAUACACAAAUGGGCUGUGCACCCAUUCUUCACUGAUAGGCUACAGUUUAACCAAAAUCAUUACAUUUUGUUUUUUUUUCAGCAAUAUACAAUUUUUCUUUUUACUUUUUGUGUUUUUUGACAUUUAAACUGAUGCAGAGAAUAUCUAAUAUUUUCAUUAAUGUAAUAUUUAGUUGAUGAUUUAUGUUUCUUGAUUGUACAAAAACUGAUUUUGCUCUCCUAUAAUAUUCUGUGGCCUUUGGCAUAGCUUGAGAAUCUGUGUGAUUAAUUAAUUAAGUAUGUAAAUUAAUGUAUAUUACAAACAAUACAUGCCUCAAAACACAUAAAUACAGCAUUUGCAUA